AUGCUAGUCCUGGAGGUGCUGGAGGUACUGGAGGAGCUGGACCUGUCAGUCCUGGAGGUGCUCGUACUGGAUGGAACUGUCGGAGCUGGUGGUGCUGCCAGUACUGGUGGUGCUGGUGGUGCUGGCACUGCUGGUCCCGGAGGUGCUCGUACUGGAGUGGCGCUGCUGGAGCUGGAGGCGCUGCGGCUGGAGACGCUGGAGCUGGAGGCGCUGGUGCUGGAGGCCCUGGUGCUGGCGGCCCCUGGAGCUGGAGCUGUUGGUCCUGGAGGUACUGGAGCUGCCGGAGCUGGUGGUGCUGCUGGUGCUGGAGGUGCUGGUGGUACUGGCACUGCUGGUCCCGGAGGUGCUCGUCUUGGAGGUGCUAAAGCUGCCGGAGCUGGUGGUGCUGCGGGCUCUGGAGCUGGAGGCGCUGGCGCUGGAGGCGCUGGAGCUAGAGACGCUAAAGCUGGAGGUACUGGAGCAGGAUGCGCUGGAGCUAGAGGCGCUGGCGCUGGAGGUCCUGGAGCUGCUGAAAGCGCUGGAGAUGCUGGUACUCAUACUGGAGGUUCUGGUGCUAGUGGUACUGGUGCUGGUGGUAUUGCACAACCGUCACUGUUCUUCGCCCUGCCGUCACCGUCGUCUCUGCCACCGCCUGACUCCGUACUUCGCCAGGUUCUUAGCCUUCCGUCUUCUACUGGUCUCCCGUUACAGCCAGGCUCCCCACUACCUGCUCCUUCUCCUUACACUGAGCAGACAGACUCGCUUAUAAAGCGUCGUGACCUGCGUCUCGUCCCGACUCGCCUGUUCGCACUGGUCGUCGUGUUCCUUCAUGUCCCUCUGCCGUCUCCUCCUGCGUCCUCUCUUCCGCACGUUCCGGACCCUGAGUCUGACCUGGUUCGUGCUGCCAGCCCUACUGUCACGCGUCUCCUAGCCACUGUUGUCACUGACCCUUUGUUUGAGUCCACCGGUGCAUCUGCCUUAGUCGCUGAGCUUGUUGACUUUGCUGCUGCUUGUCGUCUCGACUACGCCGCUAGUCUUGUUGCAGAGUCUGAGUCUGUCUGUCCUCCGUCCGUCGGGGGUGAGUCUGCUCUUGGCACGGACGUCCUUGAGGACAGGCAGGAGGACUUUGAGUGUCUUGCAGCCGCUGUACCUCAUCUCGUGGCCAUGCUGCUUACACCAGAGGGAGACCCGGAUGCACUGGACAUCCCGACCCCGCACUCUUACGCAGAGGCGAGUACGGGUCCCUACUCCUCUUAA